AUGGAUGGUUUUUACUUACUGCUGUAUUUGUCAAUUGCAAUGUUUGUUGGAAGUUUUUUGUCUGGAUUAAUACCUCUUGCAUUCAACAUGUCCGAGGGAAGGACACGUUUAUUGAGCACAUUUGGAGCAGGUUUAUUAGUUGGCACGGCUUUAUCUGUAAUUAUUCCGGAAGGUGUUGAGGCGUUGUACACUCAAGAGGACUUAUUGCUGAGAACGGUAGAUCCAAAGCUUUGUACUUUACUACUAAGUAGAUUAAAGCGGAAUGAUUUGGAUGAGAGGCACUGAAAGCAAUUACCGGAAGCUGUGCAGAAUGAAGUUAUGAGCCAAAUUGUUCUUGUAAAUCAACGCGAUGUAUCGAACUCAUUGAACCAGCUUACUGCAUCAAAUUUAGAGAAAGGAGUGACGCGACAGGUGCAGCGAACUCCUAUUAUGGGCAAAAAAGAAAUCGAUGAGCAUAGGCGUCUUGAAGCACCGGUUAAUUUCAAUGAAAUAAAUCAGUCAAUUGGAUAUUCAUUGGUUAUUGGCUUCUUAUUUAUGUUCCUUAUUGACCAAAUUUCAAAAUUUUUAUCAUUUAAAGGUGGUGACCGCACACAAGUUAAACUAACAGCAACGCUUGGUCUGGUAGUGCAUGCAGCUGCUGAUGGGGUCGCUUUUGGUAGCGCAUCUGCAACAAAUCGCACUGGUGUGCAGUUUAUCGUUUUCCUUGCCAUAAUGCUUCAUAAGGCUCCAGCCGCGUUCGGUUUGGUCAGUUUUCUUUUGGUGGAAGGUAUUGAACGGUUCAGAAUACGUCGACAUUUAACUAUUUUCUCAAUUGCAGCUCCAGCGGCUGCAAUGGUCACAUAUUACCUGAUUGUUGUUGUUGAAAGUGAUAAGUUCUCAGCAGAUUCUGCAACUGGAACACUUAUGUUAUUUUCGGCUGGAACAUUCCUAUAUGUUGCAACUGUGCAUAUACUUCCUGAAUUGAUGGGCUCAAGCGUCAAAGAUUAUCAGCUAGCGAACAGUGUUGCAGAAGGUAGUAGUCGAGGACACAGUGAAGCAAGAGCAUCAUUAAAAAUCAUCGAAUUAAUUUCAGUAAUCAUUGGCGCAAUUAGUCCGAUAUUUUUAGUCAGUGGUCAUACUCAUUCUCACUAA